UCCAAACGGCUGAAAAUGUCCAGCAGUGCCAGUGUCCCUGGUCAGAGGAGAACAGCUCGGGGAAUGGACGAUGCAACUAAUAAGAAGAAGCAAAAGGAUCGGGCCAAUCAAGAAAGUAAGGAAGGCGAGAAACCGGCUGGCAGUGACUCAAAGAAAGAGCCUUUUGCUAGCCUGAAUCUGGUAGAGCCCCUUUGGCACAGGGAAUCUGUGGCGGACCUGCAGCUGGAGUGGAAGCAGAAUGCUGAUGAGGUUAUUGUGAAACUGAAUUUGGGCAGCAGGAACCCAAAAGUGGAAGAAGUGGAUUCGUCUUUCACAGACACCAGUUGUGUCAUCAAGUUACCUGAUGGCCGUCAGUGGAGCUGUGAGUUUUAUGAGGAGAUAGAAAGUUCCUGCACCAAAGUCCAGUUCAAGAAAAGCAAUAUCUUGCAGUUGGUGCUGCCAAAGAAGAUCCCUUUGCACAACUGGGCUUCACUUUCGAAACGCUACAAAGAAGGUUCAAGAGAACAUCCAAAGAGAAUGGCGUGUAAGGAGAAUGGCAAAGAGAAGGCCCUUUCUGCUGGGGAAAGUUCUGCAGAACCCCAGCUUGACAGUGCUGUGGAGCGAAUCAGAAGCAAACGAGACCCUUCUAACCCAAAGCGAAUUUUGGGGAAAAAUGACACUGUAGGAGGGAGGAACCCUAUCCACCCAGGACUGCCAACUGGAUCUGGUACCAAGGCAGCGUGUAUCAAAGCCAGCUUGUCUGAGGAGGAAAGGAACAGCAGAAGCAUGGGGGACGCUGGGCUAUCUGGAAAAAUUGACAGCCAAAGGACGGAUCGAGUUGCUGAGGGGGCUGCCCAGUUGGACCUAAAGACUGAGGUUCAGGAGAGGAAAUCGGGAUGCAUGGAAAUGCAGCAGCCUGUGGCCCCUCCUCCCGAUGCCUUGCCCAGCCAGCUUGGGCCCUCUCCAGAGAAGAGAAUCCCUCAACCAGCCAGUUCCUUUGAAGCCUCUCAGGGGGUAGACCCUGCACCUGCCUUCAGGGAGGGCCCCCCCUCCUCUUUGCAACCCAGAGAUCCCGAAACGAGAGUCUGGUCCAAGGACAGUGACGCUUUAGAGGCCGUUAGUAUUGAACCAGAGCCCAUUGUGAAUCUGACAUUUGUGAAGAAUGACUCCUAUGAGAAAGGAAACGAUUCCAUGGUAGUACAUGUUUACGUAAAGGAGAUUCACAGGGAGAUGUCCAGCGUACACUUUCGGGAGCAAGAUUUUACCCUCAUGUUCCAAACAAGUGAUGCCAACUUUCUUCGACUUCACCAAGGCUGCAGCGCUCAUUCAGUAUUCAGGUGGCAAGUCAAACUCAGGAACCUUAUAGAGCCAGAUCAAUGUACGUAUAAUUUUACUGCAGCCCGGAUUAACAUUUGUUUGAAGAAACGACACAGCCAGCGCUGGGGGGGCCUGGAGGCUCCUGCCACACGAGGUGCAGUGGGUGGUGCAAAGGUUGCCAUGCCAACCGGCCCUACUCCUCUGGAUAAAAGCCAACCUGGGAGUAACCAGCACCCUUUGUCCACUAAAGAAGAGGCCCGAGCAGGUGAGAAGGAAAAGCCGCGAGCAGAAGACAGUGGCCUGGAUAGCGUAGCAGCUCGGACAGUAUCAGACCACAUGCCUGUGAAACAGGAGCCACUCGUGCCCUCGCCUAAGCCAACCUGUAUGGUCCCCCCAAUAACCCACAGCCCUGUCAGCAACGAAAGUGUGGAAGAGGAGGAGGAAGAGGAGGAUAAGAAGGUGUGUCUACCAGGCUUUACAGGACUGGUGAACCUGGGUAACACCUGCUUUAUGAACAGUGUUAUCCAGUCUCUCUCCAACACCCGAGAGUUGCGGGACUACUUUCAUGAUCGCUCCUUCGAGUCUGAAAUUAAUUACAGCAAUCCACUGGGAACAGGGGGGCGCCUGGCCAUUGGCUUUGCGGUGCUGUUGCGAGCACUCUGGAAAGGUACACACCAUGCCUUCCAGCCUUCCAAGCUGAAGGCAAUUGUAGCCAGCAAGGCCAGCCAGUUUACGGGCUAUGCCCAGCAUGAUGCCCAGGAGUUCAUGGCUUUUCUGCUGGAUGGACUCCACGAGGAUUUGAACCGGAUCCAGAACAAACCCUACACAGAAACGGUAGACUCAGAUGGACGGCCAGAUGAGGUUGUUGCAGAAGAGGCCUGGCAGCGGCACAAAAUGAGGAAUGACUCUUUCAUUGUCGACCUGUUCCAAGGCCAGUUCAAAUCCAAGCUGGUAUGCCCUGUAUGCUCUAAGGUAUCCAUCACUUUUGAUCCCUUCCUGUAUUUGCCAGUCCCCCUGCCCCAGAAGCAGAAAGUGCUGACGGUCUACUACUUUGCAAAGGAACCCCACAAUAAACCUGUUAAGUUCUUAGUGAGCAUCAGCAAGGAGAAUUCGACUGCCAUGGAAGUGCUAGACUCCGUAUCCCAUAGUGUGCGAGUGAAUUCUGAGAACCUGCGUUUGGCUGAG